AUGGCGAAGAUCAGGAAGGCCGUGACCGUGACUCUGAGGCUCCUAGCUCUGGCUGCUACUGUCGUUGCAGUUGUGAUCAUGGCCACCAGCAAGGAGACUGCUCAUGUCCUGAACUUGACGUUCACCGCCAAGUUCACCCACACCCCUGCCUUCAAAUAUUACGUGGUCGUAGAAGCGAUUGCUGGAUUUUACACCGUUCUAGCCCUUCUGUUGGCUUCGAAGAGCUUGUUGUCGCGAUUGACCCUGAUUCUGGAUCUGGUGGUGGCAAUGUUGCUGACUUCGAGCAUCGCUGCCGCGCUGGCGAUCGCUCAAGUGGGGAAGCAGGGGAACAGCCACGCCGGCUGGCUGCCGAUCUGCGGGCAAGUCCCUCGUUACUGCGACAAGCUGGUUGUUUCUCUCGUCGCCGGCUUUGUGGCUGCGCUAGUCUAUUUGUUGCUACUCGUCUACACGCUUCGUGCUGCACUACAUCCUGUUUUCGCCAUUAAACCUUAG